AUGUUUAAAGAGAUAAUUGCAACUUUAUUGAUUGUUGCUGUAGCAGUCAGUAACUCAUUACAAAUCAUUCAAGAUACCCCAACAUGUGGAACUUGUGUUUCAAAUUUGGCUGAUUCAUUCAGUGCUAUUCAAAAUAUCGUAGUCACCAAUACAUCUGUUAAUUCUUGUCAAAAUCUUUGUCCACUUUUGGGUGAUUAUUAUUCUGCCUCAUGUAGUUUAACAUGUCUUGCAUUUGGAUAUACUUCAUUUACCAAUUAUAUUGUUUAUGAUACCCCAGACCCCAUCUAUGUCUGUCAAUAUGCCGAAUUGUGUGCUACCAACUCCAACCCAACUGCUCUUAUUACCAACUUUACUACUACUCCAGCCUAUGCUCCAGUUGGAACUGAUAUCCAAGUAACCAUGCAAUACACUGUCACUGUCGGUACUGGCCAAUCCCAAAUCAUCAUUGCCGGUCCAUCAGGAAACACUUUCCUCCAAUACGAGAGACUUCUUCACCAAAUCUCAGGUAAAGAUACCAUUUCCUUUUUACUCUCCACCUUGGGUGAUGUUCCAGGUGUCUACUCGAUAACUGGUUUGGUUUGUGCUGAAACUUGCUUCUCAACCGCCCCCGGGGCUGCCACUUUAUCAAAGUCUUACUAUUCUUACCAACUUAAUUAG